AUGGUGUCCGAGGGGGAAGAAAAGGAGAUCGUCUUCCACCUCCCGCUAUCGAGAUCACGCUCGAUCCGCUCACAUCCCGGAGUUGAUCUCGCCGGAGGCCAAGGGUGGUGACAGGACGAGCCGUUGUGAUAGUGCGCGUUCGGUUUUCCUUUCCUCGGCUGCUUUCCUCCUCCUUUCUCCGCUCCACCCUCUCGGCCUUGUUUCCUAGCGGCGAGUCCGGCGACGACAAGGCGAGCAGCGACCCCACCCAGGUCUUUUGUCGGGCGACCACCUGGGCCUUCGUCGGGCGCCCGCGAAGAACAUCCGACAGCAAUUAUCAGGAUGUCCUAAACUGGAUCCGCCCCUGGAUUUCAGAUGUUCCACAGCAAGUCCCUCCCUAGGCCCAAGGACACGUCGGUGGUCGUGGUCGUCUUGGAGACGACCGAGGUGAACAUUGUGAUCAGCUUGUCGACGAGGGCCGAUACUCGUAUAUAUGUCGACCCGAUCACGGGCGCCCUGCGCUACUUGGGGAAGCACGGGGAAGAUGUUUUCGAUUCUGAGGCGGCAGCAUUGAACUACAUCACUGAUGGAUCAAGGAUUUUAUCCAAGAGCACCACCUAUGGGAAAGCAGUGCUGGGCUAUGCAGUGUUAGGAAGCUAUGCUUUGCUUUUGGUUGCAACACAGCUGAGCGCAACAGUUCCCAAUCUGCCUGGAGGUGGGUGCAUACACACAGUGGCGGAGAGUCAAUGGAUAAAGAUCCAGCUGCAAAACCCUCAGCCCCAGGGGAAUGGAGAGCAGAAAAAUAUCCGUGAAUUGGCUGAUCUUGAUAUUGACGGGAAGUACUACUUUUGUGAGACAAGGGAUGUUACCAGGCCCUUUCCAAGUCGUAUGACAGUAUGGGAACCAGAUGAGGAAUUUGUUUGGAAUGAGUGGCUGUCAAAGCCUUUUAAGGACAUCGGCUUGCCAGGGCACUGUGUCAUUCUUUUACAGGGGUUUGCUGAGUGUCGAAACUUUGGAGGUGCUGGGCAGCAAGGUGGGUUAGUUGCCCUUAUUGCACGUCGGAGUCGGUUGCAUCCUGGAACCCACUAUUUGGCUCGUGGACUGAAUGCAUGUUCAGGCACAGGCAAUGAGGUAGAGUGUGAGAAACUUGUUUGGGUUCCACAAAAGGGUGGAGGGCGCAUCCCUUUUAGCUCAUAUAUCUGGUGGCGUGGAACUAUACCGUUAUGGUGGGGUGCAGAAAUAAAAAAUGCUGUGUCAGUAGAAGCUGAAAUUUAUGUUGCUGAUGAUCCUUACAACGGGAGCUUACAAUACUACCAACGAUUGAAAAGAUACGGCAAUAAAUCAUCUGAAGCGAAUGUAUCUAGGCAAAAGAAAUCUGGAAUGGUUCCCAUUGUUUGUGUUAACUUACUAAGAUAUGCUGAAGGUAAAACUGAGUCAGUUCUUGUUGAUUGUUUCAAAGAAUCUCUACAGUACAUGAAGUCUACUGGAAAGCUUGGAAGCACGUGGAUUCAGUUGAUAAAUUAUGACUGGCAUGCUACUGUGAAGUUAAAAGGACAGCAGCAGACAGUUGAGGGCCUAUGGAGACAUCUUAAAGCACCUACAAUGGCCAUUGGCUUCAGUGAAGGGAAUUACUAUGAUGUAAGACAGCAGCUUAAGGAAUGUAAAGGAUCGAUUAUCUGCAAUGACGACAUAAAUGGUGGAUUUUGCAUGGAAUCUACUCAAAAUGGGGUGAUACGUUUCAAUUGUGCCGACUCCCUUGAUCGGACCAAUGCUGCUAGUUAAUUUGGGGCACUUCAAGUUUUUGUUGAACAGUGUAGUCGAUUGAGUAUCUCACUUGAUGUAGAUGCAAUGUUUGGGUUAUCAAGCAGAUAUUCUGAAUAUGACAGUCGAAAUGCUCGUUCUUUGCCCCCUGGAUGGGAGGAGCGCUUUGACUCUGUUACAGGGAAAUCAUUUUAUAUUGAUCAUAAUACACGUACGACCACACGGGAACAUCCAUGCCAGGAGGCUCCACAGAAGCCCUGGAAGAGAUUUGAUAUGACAUUUGAUCAGUUCAAAGGCUCAACAAUGCUUGCUCCAGUGAACCACCUUGCUGAACUUUUUCUUUUGGCUGGCGAUAUCCAUGCUACAUUGUACACUGGCUCAAAAGCUAUGCACAGUGAGAUUCUGAACAUAUUUAAGGAGGAAACCGGAAAGUUUAGUAAAUUUUCAGCUGUUCAGAAUGUGAAGAUUACAGUGCAAAGAAGGUUCCACAAUUAUGUGAAUGAUAGAUCCCGCCAAAAGCAGUUGGAGAUGUUCCUUGGAUUGAGGCUAUAUAAGCAUCUCCUGUCCAUUCCUAUAUUCCCUCUCAAAGUGCUAUCAAGGCCAUCUGGAUGCAUGUUGAAACCAGUUCCUAGUAUCACCCCAGUGGCUGAUGGUGGUUCCAGUCUUCUCAGCUUCAAAAAGAAGGAUCUUAUUUGGGUAUGUCAGCAAGGUGCAGACUACGUUGAACUUUUUAUAUACCUUGGGGAACCUUGUCAAGUCUGUCAACUGCUUCUUACUGUCUCCCAUGGUGCUGAAGAUUCUUCGUAUCCAGCAUCUGUAGAUGUUAGAGUUGGCUCAAGCAUAGAUGCCCUUAAGCUCGUGGUUGAGGGUGCUUGCAUUCCACAGUGCUCAAAUGGCACAAAUUUAUUGAUACCACUCACUGGAAGAAUUGAUCCAGAGGACUUAGCUGUUACAGGGAAAAGUGCUAGGCCCAAUGUUCAAGAGAGCACUUACCUUCCUUUGUUAUAUGACUUUGAAGAGCUAGAAGGAGAACUAAACUUUUUAAAUCGGGUUGUUGCAUUAUCUUUUCAUCCAUCUGCCAUAUCAAGGACACCCAUCACUCUUGAUUGAAGUACUUGGAAUUUCUCUUCCAUGGGCAGACAUGUUAAACAAUAGUGGACGUGCUCCUGAAUUUAUGGAGCUUCUCCAUAAAAAAUCAAGCGCUCACUGUGAUCUAGGUUCGAAGUCUUUUGCAAAUUCUUCGGGGCCUGUGAAUGAUUCUCUUGGCAGUGAGGGGUCUUAUACUAAAAGUUCAUCAUCAGCUCAACCAGGUGGUUUAGAAAAUUUGUUGGAGUUUCUCACAGGUGAUUUUGACAUGUCGAAGUCACAUAUAACUGAAAAUACAUCUUUUGGUAAUGGGGAACAAACAAACUUCUUAGAUGAUGGAUUUGAUGUUAACCCUUUUGCCUCUGCUUCGGAAGUGCCUGUUCCUACAGUGAAUAACCAGGUUGAAGAAUGUGGCAGCACGCAGCUUUAUCUUAAAUUUUUCGAAUCUUUUUCUGGCUAUAAUAAGGUAUCCAUCUGUAAGAAAAUCAUCUUAUUUUAUUAUUUUUCUUAUCUUAUUUUCUUGUAUCUGUGUUAAGCAUUCUUUUUUUUAAAAAAAAAUUGUGUUGAGCAGA